GUUUGCAUAAAUCGUCAUAAAAGUGCUGUGUAACUAUUUUUCCAUCGGCCGCAAUCUCUUACUGCGCAUAUAUAAAGGCCGAUCUACGAGAUCCAUUUUUCAAUGCUCCAAGUAUAUUUCACCCAUGAAUGCCACAGCUGGAAGUUAUCUCGGUAAUCCUGCAGAAGAUCCCAACGCGUCGUUGAGAGACGUGUUUGCCAAGGAAGAAAAUCACCCUGACGCUGUUGCCUGCAUUUUGAAGUAUUGUGAAAACGAAUCUGGUUUUCAUAAAGGAAGUCGUGACUGGGCAAAAUUUGCCGAGUUGCUAGGAAGUUUUAAAGGAGUGCUUGAUCCGGUAUCGACGAAACCAUUCAUUACCCUUGGUCCAAAGGACUAUGCCAUGGCACACAUCAACGACUUCUUUUCUGACCUGCCCGAUAAAUCAAGACUCGAAAAGUUUGCCGCGAGCCUUCCGCCGGGCACAUUUGAUUACUCACUUGUGCAUUUUUGCAUCCAACAGCAAGGCUAUGACAUUUCUCUCUAUAUUGCUGGUGUAUUGGCCGCCGGCAAUGAUCAAACCACCUACGGCGUUGCCGUCCUGAGCAAGUGGGAGCUGAAUUGUAACGAAAUGAUAGCUCGCGCAGACGAAUUGGUAGUAAAAACAAAGUUGAAGGAGCAACUGGAUAACUGGCUUGAUGGCAUCACCAGCAGCGGAUAUGAAUAGUAUACCGUCCGAUAUUGAUCCUAGACAUUUACUGCAUUUGGUGUCGCGUGUGCUGUUGAGACCAAAAUAAAGUAUUACAUUAUCGAUGUAUAGGUUC